CAUGAGGAUGUCGUGUUGGGCGACGGUAAAUGCGGUGGAGUGAGCAUUUCAACCACGCCAACGCACGUCUGCAUCUGGUACAGUGCGACGAGAAAAAAAGGACGGCUUACAAUACCCGCCCUGUACUUUCAAUGUGUUGUUUACACAUGGACUUGUUAAAAAACAAUAAAGAAACAUAACACAAAUUUAAUUUUGUGCUAAGGAAUAAAUCCGUUCUUUAUGCUAAGGAAAAAAUCCGUUCUUUAACUCAAAUUAUCGCCGGCUUAUCGGGGAAGUGCGUCCGUCAUCUGCCGUUACGAAAUUGUAAAGUUUAGCCAAAAUACAACAUGUGUCAUAGCGCCACAUGUGGUGUUGUUAAACCACGAGUGAAAAAGAUUGAAUAAUUAGCAUGCAGUCAAUAGCUUCCAAUGGACACUGUGACCAGUUUUACGGACUUUGAAGGGGGAAACAUAAGUUGAGAGGGCCCAAAAUUACCCAAAUUUUGACUUUGUCUGCGGUUUUUUUGGUUUGUUGGGGGUCAAUAGGAGCAUAUCCUAGUGAGAAGUAGCUCUUUUUCAAACGAACGGAAUGUUCCUAUUAAAAUACAAAUUAUGAAAUUACUUGUUCAAAUAGCAUGAUUGUAGUCCACAUCAUUCCCCCUCCUAGCGUUACAAGAAAGAAACUUAUGGGACUCAUAUUGCCCCACUUAACCAAACAGUCUGUAAUCAGAUCUUGUCACACAUAGACAGAAAAAUAGCCAUAUGAACCAGAGCAAAUAUCUCAAAAAUGUCUCGACCAGAAUGCGUACACCUGGCAUAACAGACGUCACCGAAAGCGCGCUGUCCCCGGGCGGACGGGUAUAUAAGCAGAAGACAGAUCCCCAGACAGUAUUCUCAGCGAAAACAUGUCGAGAAUUCUGAUUGUGGCUUUAUGUGUGGUGGGCUUCGCCCUGAUGCUGGAGGCCCAGCGUCAGGGAGGCGAAGGACCCCGCGGAGGUCAGGGCGGCCAGGGCGGCCAGGGCGGCCAGGGCGGCCAGGGCGGCCGUAGAGGUCCCGGUGGUCGUGAUGGACCCGGAGGCCGUGGAGGUCCCGGUGGUCGUGACGGACCCGGUGGUCGUGACGGACCCGGUGGUCGUGACGGACCCGGUGGUCGUGACGGACCCGGUGGUCGUGACGGACCCGGCGGUCGUGACGGACCCGGCGGUCGUGACGGACCUGGAGGUCGUGGACCCCCUCCUCCUCCUCCCAGCGGCAACGGCACCGCCCCUCCCCCUCCUCCUCCCGGCAACGGAACAGCCCCUCCCCCUCCUCCUCCCGGUCCCCCCGGUCCCCCCGGCGGCAACGGCACUGAGCCUGUUCCUCCCCCCGGUCCCCCCGGCGGCAACGGCACUGAGCCCGUCCCUCCUCCCGGCAACGGCACUGAGCCCCUCCCUCCCCCCGGCAACGGCACCGGCCCCAUCCUGCCCCCCUGGGCUGACAACAGCACCGCCUCCGUCAACGUCACCCUCGACGCCUGAGGAUCGACUCUGCCGGUUGACGACAGAAUCGCCUUUGGAAGAAGACCUUCCCCAAUCCAUCGCCUGAGGGAUUGCAAGAUUGUUGAGAUUGGCCAAUAAAGAAAAUUUUUCAAACAA